GAGGAGGAAGAAGAGGAAAGAGAUUUCAGUUUUGUUAGACAUUUUCUGAAUUAAAGGCCAGGUUUAUAUCCAAAAUAACUCCCUUCUCAGUGUAUUUCUAUCCUAUCAUCCUCUACCUCGCCUCUUUGAAAUCUUGAGCAUCCCUCAGCAUUUGCCACCCACUUGCUAGUUUUUUGUGUAUCACACCAAACUUUCGGACAGUCUACUGAUUGUGGGCCGGAAUUCCUGAUUUAUCCAUCCUUCUAUCCAUUCAAUUGUUAAUUUAUUUGAUGUAACCCAGAAAAAAUUGUAUAUGUGUUACACAUAAUGUGUAUGCGCGAAUAGUGCUUAUAUUGAAUGAGUUGAAUGAUUUCCCCCAACCAACUGCAAAUUUGGUAAACCUCUGACCAAACCUUCUUGUCGACGUAUCUACCUUUCUUUCUCUUUCUCUUCCUCUUAUUUUUCUUUAAAUAGUUUUUACUCGGUGUAAAGAAAUUAAUCAACAAACUUGAUCAACACUUAUAAAACUGUGGAAAAAUAGGCUCACAGAACAACAGAGUGUAAUCAUAUCCACCACCUUACAACAAUGGCAGAACUGGAUCUGAAUUUGCUGGCUCAACAGGCUCAACAACAGCAGCAGCAGCAGCAACAAGCAGCCGUGGCAGCAGCAGUUAACCAGGCUAAUCAGGCACAGACAGUUGUCCAAAGUGUGGCAGGCAAUGUCGUUAAUUUUGCCCAGUUAUCAGGUGGCCAAACGACGGUACCUCUCACAAUGCGGCAGGGCAAUGUACUUCAAACCCUCCAAUUACCGAUUGGGAAUGUUCAACAGACGAUACCAUUGCAAGUUCCCAUGUCAACGGCGAACGGACAAACGAUAUUUCAAACUAUUCAUCUUCCUUUGCAAGCAAUACAAGCAGUAGCUACGGGUCAACAAGUGACAGUUCAAGUGGUUCCUCCGUUAGGACAGCAAAUGCAAGUUGCAACCCCUAUUCAAGUUUCUCAAGCCAAUACACCCACAAAUACUCAAGUUAAACAAGAGCCCGGAAUCGAAUCUUCCAACGCAAAUCAAACUCAGAAUUCAAGCACAUCUACUACAACAACAACGAAUGCCGGUCAAACUGUUGUGGCUAAUGUUCAACUUCCAAAUGGGCAAGUUGGUCAAUUAAUUGCUGCUCCAAAUCAAUUAUGGGGUACAAACGCUCUAAAUUUAUCACAAUUCACGGGUAUACGUGGGCCUAAUGUAAUUCAGGUUCAAGGAUUAUCCACCGGUGUCCAAACUAUUCAAGUGCAAGGUGGAGGCCAACAGCAAAUAAUUACAGCAUCGCCUGCUGCUAUUCAAAGUUUAAGUAUCACCCCAAAUGGUAAUUUCGUUACAGUGCCUGGCUCUAGUGGUCAACAGAUACAACAAGAUCCUAAUGAUCCUACUAAAUGGCAAAUCAUAUCAACCUCUCCUGCAACUAUUCAAGCUGCAGGUACGUCCACUCCCGCCGCAUUCACAAACAAUACCUCUGGCAGUGAAACUGCUUCUACUCCAGGAGCCGAAGCUGGAACUGGACGUAAAAUGCGUCGAGUAGCUUGCACUUGUCCAAAUUGUCGUGAUGGGGAGGGUAGAAAUAGUGAAACAAAAAAGAAGCAACAUAUUUGUCAUAUUCCUGGUUGUAACAAGGUAUAUGGUAAAACAUCUCAUCUUCGAGCUCACCUUCGUUGGCACACUGGAGAAAGGCCUUUUGUGUGCAAUUGGUUAUUCUGUGGUAAAAGGUUUACUCGUUCUGAUGAAUUACAGAGACAUAGAAGAACUCAUACAGGUGAAAAACGUUUCCAAUGUGCCGAGUGCUUAAAACGUUUCAUGAGAAGUGAUCAUCUAUCUAAACAUCUCAAGACUCAUCAAGCUAAAAAAGUCAAUCAGCAAAACCAAAGUGACGCAGAAACUGUUAAUGCUGGUACAAUAACAGCCGCUGCUCAAAAUGAUAGAACUGUCGACUCCGAUCAAACUGAAUUGGCUAUUAAUGAAAGUGUUGGUGAUGGUAAUUAUAAAUCUACAGAAUUAGAUAUCACUAAAACUAAUCCAAAUCGCUAGAAAUCAAGCAAAGUGUUGUUGUUAUAAAAAAUAGGAAUUUUAUUGGUUAAAUAUUUAUUAGCUGGCAAAUCAAGAAAUGUAACCAUGGAAUUAUAAUUGUUUUGGAUUGUUAAUUUUUUGCUAAUCCUGUCAAGAAAGAAAGUUUUUAUGUCGUAUCUUUGUACAAAUCGUGACAUCUUUUUUGGAAACAUUUAUUAUGACAAUUGGACUAAAAAAGUUAACAAGCUAAACUCAAUUGCAUGAACUUAUUGGAAUCAAUCAGGAAUUUUGUCAACAUUUCUCAAGUGAUUUUUCAGCUCUACACUCUCAUAUAAACAUAUAUUCAUUUUUACAAAACAAGUUCAUUUUUUCACUCUCAUAAUGAGCCUGAUCGUUACAACUUCUAUUGACGAUAGUGAUUCAACAUAAAAACAAAGAGAUUUACAAAAAAGACAUAUUUUGGAUUAAUUGACCAGGUAUUAACAAAGUGAAUUUACAUCUUGGUUGUUGAUUUAAACAAUCUUCGUCGUCGGUGGAUGGUGCGCCUCAUCUUUUCUUCAUCUAUUCCCCUCAACUCUCCCUUCGUCCACAUCUCUUUGUUAGCCUCUACUAUCUUAAAAGUUUGCCUUUUCAUCUUAUAUUAAUUUCAUUUUUUUCCUUUCCUUUCCUUUUCGUCCAUUUUUGUACAUCUUGUUGAAAAUUUAACAUGAAAUGUCUCCAUUUCCUCUUUAAAAGCAUCUAUUCUUUUCCUAAUUUUGUUUCGUCUCAACUUAUUCCUGUUCUGUAUAAUCAUGUUGAUCACCAACCUUAUAACCAGUUCCACUAUUAUCACCACCAUCAGUAACAUUUUCAUCAACUUGAUCGCUUCUUUAUCUUCGAUUAUUUUUCAUCCAUCAAAUUUUUUAUGCAUUUAUGUGAUCAUCGAUUCUCACCAGUAUCACCACAUUUACGAGUAAUCAGGCACCGAAAAAGACAAAUCGACUACAAAAGGAGCCUAAAAACACCGAAUAUGAAAAUGAUAUUUCUUAAAUACCCUCCAUUUCUCCCAAAAUCACAAAGAUAUAUUAUUUCUAAAGUUGUGACUGAGUAAAACGAAAAAAAAUCAUUUACAGCAAACCCAACUUUUGCUUCUAUGGCAAUAUAAAAUAAAAAUAUAUAUAACUAUCAAAUAUAUAUAUGUAUACAGAAAGUAAACAAAAUUAACAAAAUUAAGAGAUCGAACCAAGGUUUCGAGUUUAUGUGACGUUGGUCAUUUUUCUUUUUAUACAUCAACCACUUCAUAUGGAACUUCUUAACCUUGUCUUUCUGUUUUCUCUUAUUGAACUUUCUUAGAUUUUUAAAUAAUAAAAAUAAGUUGACCAAAUUUAA